GUAUGCUGCAGCGCCCUGGGGGGGUCGGUAGGGCCGUACGCGGGGGCCGGGGGCCUCCUACCCCCCCGGCGGGGGGGGCCAGGGGGCGGCCGCUGCCCUCGGGGAGGAGGAGCCGCGGCGCGGUGAGGUCCCGGCCGAGGGGAGAGGGAAAAGCCGGUGGCGGCCGCGCGGUUUGGGCCGUCGGGGGGCGAUGGAGGGGUCCCCCCGGGGAGAGGGCUCCGGUGACCGUCUGUGCAGCGCCGCCGCCCGCGGGGACUGCGAGGAGGUGCGGAGGCUCCUGGACGCGGGCGCGGAUCCCAACGGGACCAACUCCUUCGGGAGGACCCCGCUCCAGGUGAUGAUGCUGGGCAGCCCGCGGGUGGCCGAGCUGCUGCUGCAGCGCGGAGGCGACCCCAACCGCCCCGACCCGCGCACCGGCUGCCUCCCGGCCCACGACGCGGCCCGCGCCGGCUUCCUGGAGACGCUGGCGGCCCUGCACCGCGCCGGGGCCCGCCUCGACCUGCCCGACGGCCGCGGCCGCCUCCCCCUCGACGUGGCGGCGGGGGGCCCGCACGGACCGGUGGCCCGGUACCUGCGACACUCGCUGUCCCUCCCCGCCGCCGCAGCGGGAACCGGGCCGGCCGCGGAGGGGGAUGAGCGCUGACACCCCGCCACCGCUGCUUGUGUCCCCCGCUGACGCCCCCUCCCCUUAGAUAGGUCUCCUCUCCUCCCGGGCGCCCGGCUGCUGCGGAGGGUCUCCCUCUGUCCCUCUCCGGCACCCCCAGGGCGCUCCGUGUCCUGCUUCUGCCAGGCAAGGCAUACUGAUGAAUUUUCUAAGAAACAGCGGAAAGAACCGAAAGACGGCGGCGGGGAGCACUCCUGGUCCUUCCCGGUAGGCGGAGGACAAGCAGCAAGCGAUUCUCCAGUGCUCCGAGGCGGGGAAAUUUCGUCGUUUCCCCCGCACCAUUUAUUUUUAAAUUGAUGCGGUUUGGAGAAGUGAAAACGCUCUGUUUCCCUUAGCGGCUUGCUCACUGCCCUGUAAUCCACUGCCUCGAUCUCCACCAGAUACUUGUCUUAUUCACAGCGGUAUUGAUUUUAUUCAUGUUCACACAGUCCUGGAGAGCUUUGCGUUUUAGUGUUAGCUUGAGAUUCUUCUCUAUAGCGCUAGGAAAUAGCGAACGCCUUAGUCAUCCCGUUUAAAAAUUUAAUUCAUCUCCAAAUCUUCUCCCCUCAUCACCCCGCUCAACUUGGAAAGUCUUAAAACAUGUAACACUGAAUGAGACUACAAUUUGAGAAUUACUGCCAAUGUUUUGUAUAGAUGUAUUCAGGGAAGGCUAUCCAUAUGAGAAACCAAUGGGUAGUCGUUUAGUUACCGGGUAGUUUUAACAUUUGGGGAUAUCUCGUUGAUUCAGAAGAUCUGGCCAACGAGCUCGGUAUUUUUAAGACAGCUUUCCAUGUCUUUAAACCAGAUAUUUGGAAAAAAAACCCAAAUGACUGGGCUUGGUUAUAAAUCUGAAUUUCUUCACACGCAUUGCCUCUGUUUUUCCUACGCGAUUUCCAUCAUCCCCUCAAUGUUCGUACCGCUGAUGUAUGAUGAAAUACCUGUUGUUAUUCAACAGUAAAGUAUCAAAGAGGUUGGCUAAAGAAAAUCCUUGUGUUCAACUAUUAAACGAUCCUGU